AUGGUAAAAGCGUUUUGCACUUCCGUUUCAAGUAAUCAAGAGAAAACUCAACAAUCAUCACACCUUCUCAACACUGAUCCUCCAAUUCCCACCCCAAAGUUCCGUUCAAAGUUUGGAUUUUUUUCAAACCCAUCAACUCCCCGUAUCCGAUCUCGUGGCGGCGGAGGCGGUGGUAAUGGAAUCGGAUGCCGCACCGCCGCUUCAACCGCAGUUGCUACACCAUCUCUUCCAACAAGUCCAAAACUCCAUUGCAAGACUACGAGCAAUGCUACUCCAAGGACCAGUAACAGCUCAAGUCCUAAAUUUUUCUCUAACCCUUCUUCCCCAAAAUCAUCUUCUUCUCCUUCCUCACACGGCGGCGUCUCUCUCCUCCGUGCCACACUUCUCCUCAACAAGAGCAAUAGUGGCAGAUGUGGGAUUUGUCUACAGAGAGUAAAUUCCGGUCAAACCAAUUCGACGGCGAUUUUCACGGCGGAGUGUUCGCAUUCCUUUCACCUCUCUUGCGCCGUCAGACUAGAAGACAAACGCUGUCCGUUUUGUUCCGCCGCGUGGAGUCACGCACCGAAAUCGGAUUCUCCGUCUGUGAUAAUCGGAUCCGACCCGAAUAGGCGACCCGAGAUCCGAGAAAUCAAGACAGGGAAAUCGCUGAGAGUCUACAACGACGAUGAGCCGUUAGCUUUUUCACCGGUUUCUCUUGCACAGUUCAACACUAUACUGGAAUCAGACGAAAACGACGACGUAGAGGAAGACGACGAAUUCCCCGGAUUUUUCGCUGAUUCUUUGGUUAGACCUGCUUUGCCUGAUCCGAUCCCUUCAAUCUCCGGGAACCUGGAGGUUAAACUGCAGCCGGAGUCCGCCGUUGUGGAAACCGGGAAAAGGAGCGAGACGCACGUCGUCAUGAUGAAAUUAAAGGCGUCUCCGUCGUCGAUCACGGAUGCGAUUAUGGCUCGUAGGCCGUCGAUAGAUCUGGUAACGGUUCUCGAUUUGAGCAGAGGCGGAGCGAAUUUACAGACGGUCAAGCACGCGAUGCGAUUAGUUAUCUCUUUGCUCCGAGAAAUGGAUCGGCUCUCAAUCGUCGUGUUCUCUACGGGAUCGAAACGGUUAAUGCCGUUACGACGGAUGACGGCGAAAGGACGGCGAUCGACACGGCGACUCGUAGACGCGCUCGUCGGAACUGAAACCAUCGGUGGCGUCGGUAUGAGCGUUAACGACGCGUUGAAGAAAGCUGUUAAGGUCGUCGAAGAUCGGCGAGAGAGGAAUCCGUCGGCGAGCAUCUUGGUUUUAUCGGACGGUCAGGAUAACGCGGAGGCGGUUUUGAAAGCGAAACUAAACUCAUCACGCGUUCCCUUCGUCGUGUCCACCACGCGCUUGUCUCGGCCGGAGAUCCCCGUCCACUCUGUUUGGAUCGCCUCUCCAAGCGCUCUGCAGCACGCGCCGCUUCGAGACGCGUUCACCGAGCGAAUUGCUGCGUUGAUGAACGUGGCUCUCCAUGACGUCAAGCUCAAUCUCGGUUUAGUCUCCGGUUCGCCGUUGACCGAGAUUUCAGCGGUUUACUCGUUAACGGGUCGACCCGAGAAUUUCGGAUCUGGUUCGUUGGUUGAAGUCGGCGAUCUGUUUGCGGAGGAGGAGAGAGAAUUUCUCGUUGAGCUCAAAGUACCGACUUCCUCGAGCGGGUCCCACCAUGUAAUGUCCGUACGGUCUUCGAUCGUUGACCCGACCACGCUUCAGUUAAUGACGUGUCCCAAAGAAAAAAGGUUUUUGAUCCCGCGGCCACAGACCGUCCGAUUCGUAUCUCCGAGCAUCGAACGGCUAAGGAAUCUUUACUCAGUGAGUCGCGCUGUUGCUGAUUCACGCAAGCUGAUUGAGUGUGAGGACUUAGCCGGAGCUUAUCAGGUUCUAACGGCGGCGCGGUCCAAUGCGUUGCAUGCGGAUGAUAGCUUAAAGAGCUUGGAUGCCGAGUUAGCUGAGCUGAGCCGGUUAAAACCGAGAAACGGUUUAACAAACCGAACCGAAGAAAAAAUCGAGCAACUGACGCCGACUUCGGCUUGGAGAGCCGCUGAGAAAUUGGCGAAAGUGGCUAUCAUGAGGAAGCAUUUAAAUCGAGUCAGCGACAUGCACGGCUUGGAAAAUGCCAGAUUUUAAGUUUUUUUUUUUCUUAUCAUUUCAAUGAUUUUUGGGAAUAUGGUAUAUAAAAUUUUAUAAUUAUAAGUUAUAACCAAUAAUUUAGCAAGACUCUAUAAAUAAAUGUAAAACUAUAGAACUAUGAUUUUUUAGAAAGAGGUGCAUGAUAGCGACAAGCAGUAGCCGACGGGUGUGGCCUUUUGUAAUGCCAGAGAUUGGAACCCUACAUGAGAAUUAAUUGGUCUUUUUACUUUUAUCUUCUUCCUUUUUGUAAUUUUCAGAAAAUCCAAAUGAAUGACUGA